GCUUAGCAAAUUGUAAACGCGUGCACCAGGUGUUUUGGAAAAAAGAGGUGAAAGGAGAAAUUUGGUAAGUAAAAAUUUGCUUUUUCUCUUUGUAAAGAACCUUUUCGCACAAGAGUAGCUCAGGAAUGUGAAAAGGAUACAUUUUCUAUCUCAACUGUCCUUAAUAUUUUAUGUACCUGGUUUAAAGCUGCGAAAAAUCGCCCCAAUUAUCUGCACGCCUGCCUGCACCAAAGUCUUAAAGCUAUUUUAACGCUACCAAAAUCAUUCGGCAAAUUGGUCUUUAUUCUUCCUUCAAACCUAUCGUGUACCACCCCUUAAGACGGAUAGAUAACGAGUUAAUGUCUAGUAAAUGGCACUAGCUUUUCUUGUCAAAUGCACUCGUAGUUCGCCGUUUUGUGUGAUUGGCCACUUGGGUAAAUUUUUCUUUUCGAGGCCAGGCAGUGCUUGCAUCAUGUUGCUUACGGAUAAGCCUGAUGAGCUCUGGUUGCUCCCAUAAAUUUCAAAUAUCACUAAAAUGGAAGAAUAAUAAUUUUAUUGUUUUUGAUAUAAGGCUGAUUGACGCUUGAAGUAUAUAAGAUGUACCCAAGGAUUAGUUAUUGUUAACUAGAGUUCAACAAGCUAAGGAUCACCAUGAAGCCAUCCGAAAUGCAUUUUUUUUCUGAAAUAUAUAGUCUACAGUAGCCUCAAUUUUCAAAAUUUUUAAUACUAGUUAAAUGGAAGGACAGAAUAAAUUUCUGCUGGCAUGACAACUAUGCAAACAAAGCCUUCAUUUUAGAAUAAUCCUGAGAAAAAUCAACAAAGAUGUCAUCAUGACAUGUGAACUAAAAAAACAAAUAAUUAUCGCAGUCACAUGGGAAUGAAAUAUUACAAUGUUUCUCUCUGUGAAACAGCAGAUUUUUCUGUCACAUGGCUGAAAUAUGUACUUUAGUGAUAUGUCUGUUCAGUGUUAGUCCACCAUGAGCUAGGUCUUCUUUCAACCAUCCAAAAAUGAGCCUAUAUCAACACUUAUUCCUUAAAAAAUAUCCUUUCUCUCAAAAGGUUUUUAAUGUUAGGGCAUUCACACUGUAUAUUCAUAUAACACAUCCCAGUAGUCGGCUCUUUAUACACAAGAGAACCUACAGUGAAGCCAGCAUUCCUCAUUAGUUAUUUAGCAGGGUUUUGUCAGCUGCCCAGGGGUUAAAUUUCUUUUACUGCAAAUCUUGAAACUGGGGACUAUCUGUUUUGACAUUCAGCAACAUCCACCUUCUUCAAAAUGUAACCUUACCACUUCCAAGAUCUCACAUGGUUUCUCCCCACUAUCUGCCAGUGUUCUGCUUCAAAUUUUGUUUAUAUUUUUAAUUUGUUUUUAUGGUCAUUACCUUUUUUUUUUUUGAUAACACUUUGAUAUUGUGAGGAGAAAUUGCUGACUGACCAUUCAUUUAGAAUGGAAGGGUGUAGUGAAACUUUGCCUAUGCAGUUGUUAGGUGAAAUAACAUUCUGUCAUUCUGUUACAACAGGUCAGAGUGUUAUUUAGAAGAAACAUCUUGUUAUUUAUCAUGGACCAACCUGCAGUUGAUCAAGGUGAUUAUAUAUACUUUUUCCAAGUUUUAGAUAAGGUUCUUAAUAGCAUUUUGGCCUAAAUGCAUGAGGUUGAACAUUUGAGGAUUCAAGUUCCAGUCACAUUUAGUUGUAUUACAAAUUUAAAAACAAUUUCAAGAACAUCUUUUUCAAACUGUGGCUUCCUAAUAAAACUAUUUUGGAGUUAGCUUCUUAUUCUUUUAAAAGAAACUUAAUUUUUAUCUCAAAAUGAUAAAGGAAUGGGGAUGAAGAGACCAGCUGAAGAGGAUUACAAUAGCAAUGUUCAUGCAAAGAGGGUGAAAGAUGAAGAGGGUGGAGUCAGUGGAGAACAGACAACUCUACGCUUUCUACUUGAGAGCAGGGUGAGACUUCCAAAAGGAUUAUAGUUUGAUAAAGUGGUCAGUGUGGUUCUGUUUGGCAGCUAUUAGUUUCAUUGUAAUCUUCACUUGUUUUCAGUUAUGAUAAUAAAUACAAGGCAAAGAAAAAAAGUUAAAAUGGUUGAACCAUAGUUUACUUUUAACUAGACUUUCCUAUGCUACAUGUAGGUUUAGUGUAAUUUUUUUUCCAAAAAUGUUAAAACUAAAAGAAAUAAUGAUAGAAAAGCCAGCAACUUUGUGACAUUAAAUUGAAAAGGUUGCUUUAAAAAAUCUUUACACAAAUUGCAAAAAAUUGUUGUGGCCUCAAAUUAAAAUUUUGAGCUGAAUUAACCAGCCUCAUUUGUAAAGAGAUUUUGAUUAAAGAAAGAGAUACAUUAUUUCUAAAUUUAGAUACUUUUUUUUUUCUUUCCUUAAAUGUUUUAGGAUGCUGGUGGUAUCAUUGGCAAGGUAAUACCUAUGUGAUGGUAGAAAGUCCUGUUAAUUUUAUUUACUCCGAUGAAAGCUCUGCUAUUGUAUCUCAUGGUUGGUAACAUUGUUUUUACACAUGCUGACAAUGGCUUUGUGAAGCAUUUAAUAAAGUUGAUGGGAUAUGAAAUGAAAGGUAGUUUUAAAGUUUAGAAACAAGCAGAAGACAGAUAAUUUUCACUGUGUUUGUAGUAGUAUUUUAAAGCUUAAGAUUAAUAAAUUUUAUGUAACUGUUGAUGAGUAUUGCACCUUUUGAUAAAAAUUUGUUUUCCUUUUCAGGGGGGACAGAAUGUGAAAAGAUUACGUAGUGAGGUAUGGAGCAAUGUUAUUUUAUCUUUAUUCUACACCUUAAACAGUUUUGUGUCAAGUCAAAUUGUAAAGUGAUCAAUGUUUGAUUACUGGUCCAAUUUGUGUCAGUAAACAGUAAUUAUGUAUGAAUGGUUUCCAAAUGAUUCCUUUUUCUGCUUCGUCAGGUUCAUUAUUACUGGUGUGAUGUUGCUAUUGAAAAUUUUUCUAAUCUCAUUAUGACAGAUUUUGGUUUUUUCUGGUGUAUAUAUAAGAAACAUAUCAAAUUUAUACAUGCAUGCAUGUUUAGCAAAUACUAUGGUGACUUCCACAUGAAGUAUUUCAUCCACAUUAAAUUGUACAUUUUGUUAAAGGGAUGUUACCUCACAAGAUAGCCUCUGUUCCACUUUAGAAUGUUUAAUGACUUAUGAUUUUCCCAGGCUUAGGCUUUGAACUGCAUUCUGUUUAACUCCUUCCUUUCCCUUGUAGUUUAUCCAGCUAACCAAGUACCUUCAUAUUUGUCAGAUGCUCUGUUCUGCCUCUGGAAUAGUAGUUUAUCCCUGCUAAGUUGUUGUUGUUUUUCUCUCCUAUUAUUCCCUCCGUGUUCCCAUCCCGGCCCUAUCCACCCGUUCCCAUCCAUCUACCUGCCUGACACCCGCCCGUGUUGGUCCCUGUUGUGAUCUCACCCAAGUUCAAAGCAGUGGUCAAUGUCCCGGAUACCAAUACCCCCGAGCGGUAUGUCCCAUGCGUCACGUUAAUGUGUGUCCUGCCUUCCUGUACAUUACACUGCAUGUCAUAGCAGUGUAAUGCUGUCAUAUCUAGAGGGAUUGAUUCUAACUAUAGAUAGAAGUUAUGCCUCAAACUUUUACUUUAACUGAACUGCCAGACUUUUUGGCAACCAGUGGCCAGUAUUGAAUUUGUUGAAUGUUAUACAGUAGGUGUAAACUCAUGCUGUAUGAUACCCUAUGUUGUCUUGAAACUUAAUGUUUUCUGUGGUGCUCGUUGCUAUAUUUCUAAUGUUCUGGAAUGUUAGGAAGCCUUUACUACCAUAGACACGUUUUUAUCAGAAAUAAGGAGAACCAUCAUAAAAAAGUGUUAACAAUCACUUUAUGGUAACUUUGAAGUGAGAAAAAUUCUUAAAACAAAUAUUUGCUUAUGUUUAUAUGAUCUCUACCCAACCUGCUUUCUCUAAAUUAUUAAGGCAUGUAGGGCUGUGUUCGUUCUCAUUUCCCAACUAUUUUUACUCAUAGUGUGUUAACCAUUACUGCUGCUUAUGAUGAUGCAAUGGCCAUAUUUUCAGAAUGCUUACCAAAGAUCGGUGGGGUAAGUUUUUAAUCAAUUUGAUAUGUUCUGGUCAAAAGAGAUCACAUCUUGUUGGCAACAAAGUUUGGUUCUUUUGCUAUAUAUGUUCCUGAAAUCAUUUGCAUUUGCUUUGACUGACAUGUGUCAUUUUUAAACCAUGAAUGAUGUACUUUUGUGGUUUAUGAAGGGUUUUAAGCGAAGGCUGAAAUUGAUAAAAAAUAGUCAUUUAUGAAGUUUCAAAGACUGGCUGGGAUACUCCUCUGGUUAUCUGUUUCUACCUUUUGCUUGAUUCUCUUUGAUAGUGAAUGGCCAGAUAAACUGAAGACAGAAUUAAAUUAUUUUGUGUGAUCUUGUUGUAGCGCCAAUCCAGUUCUAAUGGGAAAGAAAUCCAGAUGCUAGUACAACGAAGUCAGGUUGGGAGUGUGAUUGGGCAAAAAGGACAGAAAAUAAAGGAAACUCGGGAGGUAAAUUUGCUGGGUGAUGUUUUCUGGACAAUUUUAGUUUUACCAAAAAACUAUACUUUAAGAGAAGUUCUCUGCUGAUAAUUAUUUUUAUUUUGUGGCAGAAAACUGGAGCACAAAUCAAGGUGAGUGGUUUUGACAUGAAGCACUUUAUAUGGGAACUUAAUUUUAUUAGUCUGUCAAUUGAUGACAAGGCAGGAAAUUGUUUGGUGUCUUGAAUUAAUUUUUAUGAUUUUGUGACCAUCCUUUCAAAGUAUACCUCUCUAUUACUUUCAGGUUCAUUCUGAUUGUUUACCAGGAUCAACAGAAAGAAUUGUGUCCAUUCGUGGUGAGUUUUUUUUUUUAUCAUUUAUGUGUUUCUUCAACCUCAGUUGUAACUCUUUCACCUCUGUACUUGACAUAACAUCCUAAAUGUGAGAUUUGUCCCACAGGUUCUGAUGAGGUUAUUGUGAACUGUGUUAAAGAAGUUAUUGAUCAAUUAAACGAAGUAAGUGAAGGAGGAAGUUUUAUCAAUAUUUAAUCCUCAAUGAGGCAAUAAACAAGCUUUUCUGGCUAACCCUUGUAGGGUUUUUUUUUUAAGUUAUUGAUUAAGUAUACUUUGUAUUUCUUUAGUCUCCCUUGAAGGGGUCAGUGUCCUUGUACGACCCAGCUGGCAUGAAUGACUGGGAUUAUGGUGGUGGCUAUGGACCUGGUGGAGGUGGCCGAGGACGUGGAGGAGGAAGAGGACGGGGUGGUCGAGAUGGAGGAAGGGGAGGAUCUCGUGGAGGCCGUGGGGGAAGAGGUGGUUUUGGUGGUGGUGAUAAUAUGGGAUAUGGAGGAAACUACUCACAAGAUUUUGUAAGUUUCAGAUGUAUAUGAUUUGUCUGCAGUUUCGUCCAGCAAUUUAAAAGUAUUAGCAGCUGUAAAGGCAGAUUGAUCUAACAUUUGUGAUUUGUUACUUUUUCUUUUAACAUAUUAGGGUGGUGGAAACAUGGGAGGUGAUAUGGGAGGUAAAAAUCAUGUCUUCUUCAUAGUACCUUAAUCAUCCAUACUAAGGCAAAAAAACUAGAAAAAUGAUUCCUGGGCAUGGUAUACUUCUUCUUUGUGUAAUGUUGGUGGCAAAUACAUUUUAUAUAAUAUUGAAUUUAUAUUUUCUUUUUUAGUAAGCUUCCUCUUGCAACAAUCACUCCUUAAAUGUAAGGGUGUGAAAGAGUUUCAUGGAAAUUUUUUACAUUGUUAAGUGAUUAACACUUUCCUUAAAGCUCAAAGCAUAUAAAUUAUGGAGAAUUGUGGUCAUUUUGUAAGGCUUGAACCAUCAACCCUUUUAAGAAAUGAUCCUUCAUAGAAAAUCAAGCAUUGUGUUAGUGACCAAACUGUUUCUCUGCAUUUUGUGUUGAAGGUCAGUGGAAUCAAGGAGGACCUUCAGCAGGAGGAGAACAAACUCAGACACAAGUUACCAUUCCUAAAGAUGUAAGUAACAUUUAUCAAGGUCUUCAAUAUCAAAAUGGAAAUUUCACUUUCUUACCAAUUUUAAACCAGUUUUUUUUAUGUAUCCAAAUGCAUCAUAUAAAUUGUAACUUCUCAAAUCUAAUGGUAGAAUUGCAUUAAAAAAAUGUCAACUAAAUUGUGCUUUACAGUUGGCGGGGUCUAUUAUUGGAAGAGGAGGAGAGAGGAUAAGACAAAUAAGGUAAGAAUAUGAGAUGGAUACACUCAAUGUUAAUUCCGAAAAUGAUUUUUAGUAUAAUGAAGAGUGCUGCAAUGUGUGAAUGUUGGUAUUUUGCAUUACCAUUGACUUGUAUGUUUGCAGAAAUCGCAGUGGUGCAAACAUAAAGAUCGAUGAUCCUCUUCCGGGUUCAAAUGACAGGAUAAUCACAAUUGGGGGCAACCAAUCCCAGAUUAAUUUUGCUCAGUUUCUUCUUCAACAAAGGUGAGUCAGGUUGAAGACAGUUAAAUGAUAAAUUAAAGGUUCAUUCUAGAAAUUGGCCAAAUAGUGCCCAAAAGUGACAAUCUUUUUAUCUUUUAUGCCUGGACAAAUUUGGUUUUACCAUCUAUGAUAGCUAACAACUGCAUUGUUUUUGUUUUUUUCCUUUCAGUGUACGACAAUACUCAGGCAAGAAUUACUAAACUUAUCCUGGACAUGUCUGGUCACAUGAUUUGUCAACACCAUUAGCUUCCUAUGACAAGUUCAUGGACUUUUUCUGAACAAAACUCUUUUUUUUUCUUAAAAAAUCCUUAUUUGAAAAAUUUGCAUUUACUUAUUUGUAAAGAUUGCUAUGCUAGUUUGAAAUAUUUCUCUUAACUUAAUUAAUUCAAUCCUGUUCAGAUUUUCAUUUCAUCUUGGUUUUCCAGUGAAGAGUAAUUUGCAUUGUUUUUAAAAGCACUAUACCCACCUUGCACUGAAGAUUGAACAGUAGUUCACUGAAAACUCAGCUUUAAAAUGCUGGAAAUAAUUUGAUUUUUUUAGUAUCACUACAGAUCAAGUGUAAUAUAGAAAAGUGAUUGAACAUUUU